CUGUAUCUCUAUAUAUCGCCUCUUUCUUUCUGUCUUUAGACCUAAAAUCAGCUUCCCAUUUAAACAGCUUCUUCUCUAUAUACUUCCAGGUGAAAUUGGAGGAGGGUUUAGGGAGUUGUGAAGUGUAAUGAUGGCGGGUAGUUCGAGUGAGGAGUCCGGGGUUAGUAGAUCAUUAGAGGGAUUAUCAAACGGUCAGCAACGGUCUGGUGAAGCAAUAGCCGAAUGGCGGUCAUCCGAGCAAGUGGAAAAUGGGAUUACUUCCACUUCGCCACCUUAUUGGGAUACUGACGAUGAUGAUGAUCGUGGCCCUAAACCUUCCGAGCUAUAUGGAAAGUAUACGUGGAAAAUUGACAAAUUCUCACAGAUUAAUAAGAGAGAACUUCGUAGUAAUGCGUUUGAGGUUGGCGGCUAUAAAUGGUACAUAUUGAUCUACCCACAGGGUUGUGAUGUCUGUAAUCACCUGUCUUUAUUUCUUUGUGUUGCAAAUCAUGACAAGCUUCUUCCAGGAUGGAGUCAUUUUGCUCAAUUUACAAUUGCCGUCGUUAAUAAAGACCCUAAGAAAUCUAAAUAUUCUGAUACGUUACAUCGCUUCUGGAAGAAAGAGCACGACUGGGGAUGGAAAAAGUUUAUGGAAUUAUCUAAAGUGUUAGAUGGGUUUGUUGAUGCUGACACACUUAUAAUAAAAGCUCAAGUUCAAGUUAUCAGGGAGAGAGCAGAUCGUCCUUUCCGAUGCCUUGACACUCAAUAUAGAAGAGAACUUGUAAGAGUAUAUUUGUCAAACGUAGAGCAAAUAUGUCGUCGUUUUGUGGAAGAAAGAAGAGGAAGGCUAGGGAAGUUGAUAGAAGAUAAAGUUAGAUGGUCAAGCUUCUCUCAUUUCUGGUCCACAAUGGAUCAAAUUUCUAGGCGUCGAAUGUCAAGGGAGAAAUCAGAGUCAGUAUUGAAAGUUGUUGUAAAGCAAUUCUUUAUAGAGAAGGAGGUCACGUCAACUUUGGUUAUGGACUCGCUAUAUAGUGGAUUAAGGGCUCUUGAAGCUCAGGCCAAGAGCAAGAAAGUUAAAGGAAAGUGUGAUACGGAAGAAGUACCAAUACCUGUUGUCCUGGUGGAGAGUGAUACAUUUAUUCUAGUUGAUGAUGUAUUAGUGUUGCUUGAAAGGGCGGCCUUAGAACCAUUGCCCCCGAAAGAUGAUAAAGGUCCUCAAAACCGUACUAAGGAUGGUGGUUCAGGGGAAGAUAUCAGCAAGGAUUCUAUUGAGCGUGAUGAAAGGCGACUCACUGAGUUGGGACGUAGAACCAUUGAGAUAUUUGUUCUCGCCCAUAUAUUCACCAGUAAGAUAGAAGUAGCAUACCAAGAGGCUGUUGCUUUGAAGAGGCAAGAAGAGCUCAUCCGUGAAGAAGAGGAAGCAUGGAUGGCUGAAAGUGAACAGAAAGCAAAACGUGCCUCUGAAAAAGAAAAGAAGUCCAAGAAGAAGCAGGCGAAGCAGAAAAGGAACAAUCGCAAAUCAAAGGAUAAAGGACGGGAUGAAAAGCAUUGUGUCGUAAUAGAAGAAAAAACUCAACAAUUGGAUCCAAUCGAUGUUGAAGAUUUGCUUAAAAAGCCCGAAAUAGUUGAGGAUGUUUCUGAUGUUUCAGACUCCGUAGAUUGUGGAACUGAGGCAUUUCUUCGCCCUGAUUCAGAUGAUAGAGAUUCAAGCCCAGUCAACUGGGACACUGACACUUCUGAACCUCAUCCACCCACAGAAGCUUGUAGCAGUGGUGCUAUUAGUGUCCUAAAUGGAUGGCAAAAGAGUCCGUCUGCAAUGGAUGAUAGUUCUUCGACAUGUUCAUCAGAUUCACUCCCAUCAGGGGUGAUCAAUGGGCCUUACAGAGGGGAUUCACAUCAGAAUCAGAAAAGCCAAAGUUCACCGAGCAGAGGGAAAGUGAAGCAGGGGAAGGCUAUUGGUGAAGUGACUGGACAGGUCAACAAUGUGCAGAAACAACAUGCAACUAACGAAGUAGAGUCAGGUGGGGUUGCAGUUCCGUUGCAGGAUAGGAUGAAGUGGCUUGAACAAGACGUCGUAAAGAAAGUGGAAGAAGUUGUUACAUUGCAAAAAAAGUUAAGCAUCAAGGAUGAAGUUGAACCUGAGAAACAGUUAAAAGUAAAGAUAGCUGUUUCUGUUACACCAUCUUCACCCAAGAGCAUUUCAAAAGCUUCACCACGUGGACUUCAGAAAUCUGACCUAAAAAAGAGUGUACCCUCUGAUUCUGGUAUUGUCAGAAAACCCUCAACUGAGAAUUCCCAAAAUGCAGAUAAACAGGUAGUCUUGACAAACUCAAGUGAAGGUUCAGUCAUAUCAAAACCCCACACCCAAAGCACGAGUAACCAGAAACUAACCGAAAAGCCUUCAAUUGUCCCCCAAGCACCUAACUCGACUCAAAAGCCCGUGAAUGUCCAAGGAUCAUUGACAGCUGAAAAGUCUGUUGUUCACCAAGUGUCUAAGACGUUGACCAAGUCUGUGCCAACCCCGCCCAUGUCGAGGCCUUUGAGUGCACCUUUAGUUGAAGGGUCUCGAACUAAUGCCACAAGUAACACUCCAGUUAUCUCAAUGGUUCAAACCACACCGUUUCUUUCUCGCUCAGCCAGUGCAACCGGAUAUCUUGGUCCUGACCCAUCACCCAUGGCUCAGAGUUAUGGUCCACCAUCUUAUCGAAAUGCUAUGAUGGGGAGUCCUGUUUCCUCUACUUCAACUGCUUUUAGUCAAGCUCACUCUCACUCAUAUACACAGCCUGUGUUUCUACCUCAGACCCCCGAAAGGAUGGAUUCUAAUAAUUCUGUUGGACCAAGCUUUUCAUAUGGUAUGAUGAAUCACGAUGUCGUAAUUCAAAAUGGGUCCCAGUGGAUGGCAUCCCCUCAAAGGGAUAACAAUAGCGGCAGAUCAUUCGCUCAAGGUAUGAUGGCGGACGAAUUCCCACACCUUGAUAUCAUUAAUGAUUUACUUGAUGACGAGUAUGCAAUGCCAAUUGCAUCAACUUUGGUCCCAGGCAUGUCAUUUCACAGCGGGCCUCGCCAUUUAAGUCAUCAAUUUACUUUUCCGGGGGAUAUCAGUGGUUCACUCGACCAUGGUCCUUCAACAAGCUCCUGCAGGUUUGACAGAACUCGGAGUUUUCAUGAAGAGUUCCAACCUAGUUAUAGUAGCGGGUAUGACUUCUCAAGAGAUAUGCUCCCACCACAACCAAACUUGCAGCCUUAUGUGAAUGGACAGAUUGACGGGUCGGGUCAGAACCAAUGGCAGAUUGGUGGGUCAGAUCUUUCUUAUGGAUUAAGAAAUAUGGAUAGUGAUGGGUACACAUAUCACAUGUCACCUGAUUAUUCAAACUUGACAAUGGGUGUAAAUGGUUACACUGUAUACCGGCCUUCAAACGGGCAGUGAGAUGGAAAUAAUUUCGGAUUGUCAUAAGGUAUAUGAAGAAGAGGAUGAUAAUGUUUGGUUAUUUAGAUUUGGAGUGAGGUUGUAACACCUUGUGAUAUGAAUAAUUUUUACAUUUUUACUUUAUUCUGAAAGAGUGAUUCUAGAUAUGUUUUUUUUUUUAAAUUACCUUUUACUUUGAUGGAUUGGGAUUUGAAAUCUGACUUUGAUAGCAAUAUUUACUAGAUUCAGGUUUUAUACC